UUUGGAGACGGGUGGCGUGUUUUAACCAAGACGCUUUUCCCAGCGACCGUUUCAGUCAGCCGGUGUGCAUCACGCAAAAAUAAAUUUUUGAUUUUUCGUCACAAUAAUACACGAAAAUGUCGCGUCUGUUGGUCGCCGUGUUCCUUGCCAGUGUGGUGGCGGUGUGCAGUGCCCAGAACAGCACCACGCCCACCGUGAUGUUCAAGCUGGAGCGCUACUCCAAUCCCAACAACCAACUGCAGGACGGCUCCAACUGUGAUCCCUUUGGAUGGUCCAAAUGCGAUCCCUACGUGGUAGUGCACGUGCGCAACAGUGCCAAUGUGACCGAUCUGCAGACGUUCACCUCCACCCCCACCAAUGACGUCAGCUCAUUGGACUUUCAAAUGUUCAUCGGCUUUGUCAAUCCCCUGCUGAUCAAGGUCCCCAAAGGCACCGUGGUCGAUCUGUCGGUGACGAUCUACGAUGACGACGAUAUUGGUCAAGAUGAAAUUAUCGGCACCUACUGGUUCCUGUAUGUUGCCGGCACCGAGGCCAAGAGGGAGACCAAGACCGCUGGAUCGGCUUCCCUGACGGUCAUGAUGGCCACCGUUGGAUAAAAUCACUAAUUGAUGCUUUUUUAUCAAAAAUCAUGUCGAUCGCUUCUUCAUGGAGUGUAUGGCUAGUGUACUCAUUUCCUUUGACUUUUGUGUGCCUAUGAUUUUGAAUAUGUACCUUCCGGUUUCGACCUUCACACUGUGUUUCAGAACAUAACAAGCAACACAAUAAAAAUUUAAUAACAAACAAAA